AUGCCGUCGUCCUCCUUCCGCUCCCCGCUCCUCCACCCCUGCGCGCUGCCGGAGACAUCCGCCCCCGAAUUGACCCUCAAGGACCCGAAGAAGCACGAGGACUGGGACUCCCUGACGGCCAGCUUCGCCGGCAGCGCCAAUGUCCCCUUCCUCCUCCUUCAGCUCCCGCAGAUCGUCCUCAACGCCCGCAACCUCAUCGCCGGCAACAACACUGCGCUCUUCGCCGUCCCCUGGCUCGGGAUGCUCACUGGUCUUCUCGGGAACCUGUCGCUCAUGUCCUACUUCGCCAGGAAGAGGGAGACGGAGGCUGUCGUCGUGCAGUCUCUGGGGUGCAUCUCCACCUACGUUGUUAUUGCCCAGCUUGCCAUAGCGGAGGCCAUGCCGCUGCCGCAGUUUAUCGCCACUACGGCUGUUGUGGCCACCGGGCUCACCCUCAACUUCCUCAAUUACAUUCGCUGGCUCCCGGAAGGAGCCUGGCUGCUAUGGGAGGAUUUCAUGACAAUUGGUGGCCUUGCCGUGCUACCCCAGGUCAUGUGGUCAACAUUUGUUCCCUUCAUCCCCAAUAGCGUCCUGCCUGGCAUAAUCUUUGGCUCUUUGGCUACUGUUGCUGUUGUGAUGACAAGCUUGGACAAGCUUUCCAAGGGAGGAACUAAAUUUGUGCGGGCAUUGUCUGGUUGGACUGCCACACUUCUAUUCAUGUGGAUGCCAGUUGCACAGAUGUGGACAAACUACCUCAACCCAAGUAACAUCGAAGGGCUGUCAGCUUGCACAAUGUUGCUUUCGAUGCUUGGAAAUGGACUUAUGCUUCCUCGUGCUGUAUUUAUCAGAGAUCUGAUGUGGUUCACUGGUUCUUUUUGGGCAUCUAUCCUACAGGGUUGGGGUAACCUGGCCUGCAUGUACUGUUUCAACACCAUCAGCAGAGAAUUUUUCUUCGCGACGACAUCCGGACUUAUUUCGUGGCUAGCUUUUACUCUCUGGAGAGACACCGCUGCCUAUGGCAACAGCUCACCCAUGACUUCUGUGAAGGAGCUGGUUUUCGGAAAGUGAUAACACAUUAAUCAAGCACUUGAAGCAGCUGACUGAUCCGGGGUAGGAAGCUCGCC